GCUCUCACGGCGGACGCUGCGAAGCCAUCAGCAGGAGCACGGAGAACCAAAACAUGUUUUAGUCCGACUGUAAUUUUUUUUAAAUCCCAGAGUUGAAAUGCACUUUCGAUCGCAGCGGCACUACUAGCACUCGGUUCAACGGGUCCAUUUCCACGCGUGCAUGAUUUAAACCAUAUACCUCUUUUUUAGUAUACGUGAUCCCGCAGCACACUCGCCGUUCCCCUGUUCUCGUUUGGACUCUCACUGCGCGGUUGUUAUUUUUUCUACAUAGAUAGACCUCCUUCUUCUCUUAAAUUGGCUCCCGUACAAACCGCCGCGUUGGAUCCCUCGGCGUACUGCGAGACUCCGGUGUACAACCCGGAUCUCUGCCCCAACAUGAUCGCGGCGCAGGCCAAGCUCGUGUACCACCUCAACAAAUAUUACAACGAGAAAUGCCAGUCCCGCAAGGGUGCCAUCUCCAAGACCAUCCGGGAGGUGUGCAAGGUGGUGUCGGACGUCCUGAAGGAGGUGGAGGUGCAGGAGCCGCGCUUCAUCAGCUCGCUGAGCGAGAUGGAUAACCGCUUCGAGGGCAUGGAGGUGACAUCCCCCACGGAGUUCGAGGUGGUGCUCUACCUCAACCAGAUGGGGGUGUUCAACUUCGUGGACGACGGCUCCCUGCCGGGCUGCGCCGUGCUCAAGCUGAGCGACGGGCGCAAGAGGAGCAUGUCCCUCUGGGUGGAGUUCAUCACCGCCUCCGGUUACCUCUCGGCGCGCAAGAUCCGCUCCCGCUUCCAGACGCUGGUCGCGCAGGCGGUGGAUAAGUGCAGCUACCGGGACGUGGUCAAGAUGGUGGCCGACACAAGCGAGGUGAAGUUACGAAUACGGGACCGCUACAUCGUGCAGAUCACGCCCGCGUUCAAGUGCACGGGCAUCUGGCCGCGGAGCGCCGCGCACUGGCCCCUCCCGCACAUCCCGUGGCCCGGGCCCAACCGGGUGGCCGAGGUCAAGGCGGAGGGCUUCAACCUCUUAUCCAAGGAGUGCUACUCGCUGAAUGGCAAGCAGAGCUCGGCGGAGAGCGACGCCUGGGUGCUGCAGUUCGCCGAGGCCGAGAACCGGUUGCUGCUGGGCGGCUGCCGGAAGAAGUGUCUUUCGAUGCUGAAGACUUUGCGUGACCGCCACCUGGAGCUGCCAGGCCAGCCGCUCAACAACUACCACAUGAAGACGCUGGUGUCGUACGAGUGCGAGAAGCACCCGCGGGAGUCGGACUGGGACGAAAGCUGUCUCGGGGACCGACUGAACGGGAUCCUACUGCAGCUGAUCUCGUGUCUGCAGUGCCGGAGGUGUCCGCACUAUUUCCUCCCAAGCCUGGACCUGUUCCAGGGCAAGCCCCACUCCGCGCUGGAGAACGCCGCCAAGCAGACGUGGAGGCUGGCCAGAGAGAUACUAACCAACCCCAAGAGCUUGGAGAAACUCUGAGGUAAAAUCAAAAGCAAAGACCGUUCACACACACUCUCUGGUCUUUUGAGAGAGACUUGACUUCUAUAGGUUGAUAAUCAAAAGGCUUGGGGGACAGAAAAACUAGACAUAAUUGGUGCGUUUUUUUACUUUUCAAACAGCUCCUCUUUUAACAUUUGAUCGAUUAGAAAAAAAUAUAUUUUUUAAUGUUGGCGAGACAAAAAAUGACAGCUCUUUCUCUGUUCGUGUUGCCAUCAUCUGUAAAGCUACAAGAGAAAAAGAUCAGCCUGAAUAUACUUUUUGGUUGAGCUUUUCCGUGAUUUCUAUUAAUAUAACAUUACAAGCAAACUAAAACACCCACUGUUCAUUUUCUACUGUAAAUACAUUCAUAGAUUGUAGAGCCAGUGGUCUGAGAUUGUGAAUGUUGUUCUGUGACCCGUCUAUAGGACUCCACCUGUUUGGAAAUCUCAUCCUCGGCCUCUCUUUCUUGUGAUAUAAACCCUUUUUAUUUAUACCUGGUAGUCUGGCUCGCCUGUUUCUCAUGCUUAACGUUUACAUUUUGAUAGAAGGCCAACCCUGUUACAUUUAAAGCAUUCCAUGAAUUUACUUGAAUUAUUAUUAUUUAAAGUACUCGAGCUUUUAUGUUUUUUUUUAUAUACCUUUCUUAGGCCUAAGUGAUACAACAAAAAAAAGAAGAAAAUAUAUAGAGAAUAUAUUACAGUCUAAUUGAAAAAUGCACUUGAA